AUGUCGGCCAACCGCUUCCCGGGUCAGAACGGCCUGGAGCCUCUCGGCGGCAACCCGGAGGAUGCGUUCCUCACCGGCCAUUCUACUGGCAUCGAGGCAUUGUCGGAACUCGGUGUCCACGACAUCCGGGCUGAACGGAGGAAGACUGACACUGACGAGAAGACGGCCGCGAAAGACACCCAGACUGAUGAGAAGAAGCACGACAACAUCAACGACGAGAUCAGCCGGGUGCCCGACGACGAGGAGACGAUCAUGCCCAUCGGCAAGGGCAUGACCGCCCAAGAAAAGGUCGAGAAUAUGGAGGAAAUUGCCUUGUAUGCCCUGCAUGUCGAGGACGACCCCUCUCUUGACCCCUGGACCUUUAGGACCUGGGCACUGGGUAUCGGGCUCUCUGGCUUCUCUGCGACUCUUGCUACCAUCUACCAGUUCAAGCCUCAGGGGAUCACUCUCUCUGCGACGUUCCUCUGCGUUAUCAGCUACGUACUGGCUCUCGUGCUUGAGCAGAUCCCCAAGAUCGGUGUCCUCCGCUGGCUGAACCCUCAUCCCUUCAAUGCCAAGGAGCACGCGGCCAUCCUCAUCAUGUCCUCGACGGCUGCACACUCCGCUCUAGCCGUAGAGGUCAUCGCAGUCCAGCGUCUGUGGUACGAAAAGACCCCCAACGCCGGUGUUUGCAUAUUUCUCAUAUUCGCAUCUCAACUACUUGGAUACGGCAUCGCCGGGCUCAUGCGCAAGAUCCUCGUCUACCCAACCAAGGCGAGUUCUCCAUUCUUCAAAAUCAACCAGUUUUUGUAUCCAGCAAACUUGCCGAUCAUGUCGCUUCUUGAGACUCUACAUCGGAAGAAGUCAGAGACCAAACCGCAACUCAAGGUCUUCUACUGGGCUUUCUGUCUCAUCUUCAUCUGGGAGGUGUUCCCAGAAUACAUCAUGCCGAUUCUGACAGCAGUAAACGUAUUCUGUCUUGCCAACAGAAAUAGCAUGUUAUUCACUUAUCUCUUUGGAGGAGGCAAUGGAAACGAGGGGCUCGGCUUUGGUGCCUUGUGCCUUGACUUUCAGUAUAUCGGCAGCGCUUCCUUGUAUCUGCCUCCCCUGACUCAACUCAACUACUUCAUCGGCUAUAUCCUCAACAUCGUUGUCUUCAUGGCUAUCUACUACGGCAAUGUGUGGAGAGCGCGAGACUUUCCAUUUCUCUCCCAGCUGCUCUUUACUGGAGAUUCGAACUCGACAUCAUACCAGACAUUUAAUCAAUCGACUAUCCUUGACUCCCACGGUGUGGUCAACGAAACCCUACUGAUGCAGGAAGGCGUCCCGUACAUGGCUUCAACCUUCGCCUCGUACGUGCUUACACAGAACCUGGCUAUUACUGCGACUAUUACGCACUUGCUGCUGUACAACUGGGACGACCUGAAGAACGCCUGGUCCUUCAUGGCCCCCUCGCAGCUAAAGCACCUGCUGAGCCUCGACACCUACAGGUUUUGGAAAUCUUGGAAGGCGCGAGAAUAUACGACCGAAGAGCUCGACGCCAUGGACCCCCAUUACCGCCUGAUGAUCCGCUAUCAAGACGUCCCGGACUGGUUCUACGGAAUGAUCCUGCUCAUCUCGGGUGUCGUGGGCCUCGUCUGCAUCUACCAGGCAGAGUCCGGCAUGGCCUGGUGGGCGUUUAUCAUCGCGAAUGCCAUGGCGGCGAUAAUGAUCCUCUUUACCGGCGCGCAGUUUGGCCUGACGGGGUUCAAAGUGCCUGUGCAGCCCAUCAUCCAGAUGAUCGGCGCAUACCUCGAGCCCGGCCGGCCCCUGACCAAUAUGUACUUUACACUCUUUGGCUACAAUUCUGUAGCUCAGGGGUUGAUGCUCCUGCAAGAUCUAAAGCUGGGGCAGUACGCCAAGCUGAGCCCCAGGUGCACAUUGACCAUGCAGCUGGUUGGCACUAUCGUCGGGGCCCUGAUCAACUAUUUUGUCAUGAUCUCCAUCACAGAUGCGCAACGAGGAAUACUUCUGUCUAUUCAAGGCACACAUAUCUGGAGCGGCGCUGCACUGCAAUCCUUCAAUACCCAAGCUAUCACCUGGGGCGGACUCGCCAAAUAUCUCUAUUCCCACGGCACCAGGUACCAAUGGGUCCCCCUUGGCCUGGUCCUAGGCUUCAUCGCUCCAGUCCCACUGUACAUCUUGCAUCGCUUGUUCCCCAAGCUCAAGCUCGACCGACUCAACAUCUCGCUCAUCUCGUGGCACGUCGGCUUCCUCGUGACGGGCAUCAACAGCGCCGCCCUCAGCGCCUUUGCUGUCGCCUUUUGGUCCCAGUACUACCUGCGCCGGUGGAAACCCGAGUGGUUCCUCCGGUUCAACUACGUCUUGUGCGCCGGCCUCGACGGCGGCACGCAGGUCCUCGUCUUCAUCUUGACGUUUGCACUCUUCGGCGCCAGCGGCAAGCCCGUGCCGUUCCCGAAGUACUGGGGCAAUAACGCCGACGGGAAUCUGGACUACUGCAAGGUUGAUCCGGGUAAUGGAUGA